AUGUGCACUCCGAUGGAGAUUUAUCCUACAAGUGCUCUGCACACGCCCGAUAAUCGUGUUCACAAAUUUGUUGGUUACCAGUCCGUGCAAUCAGUACUGGAACACAUUAAUGUCGAAACAUACUACUCAAUGGAACCUUUCAGAAUGCCUCUCAAUCCGGCCGUAGACGAACUGACGCCAGAAGAUUUCAAACGUUUGGUUGAAAAUCGUGAAGACGACGUUACAUGGGUGGUAGAUUUCUUUGCACCAUGGUGUGGACCCUGUCAACAGUGGUGUCCACCAUGCCAACGACUGAUUUCCGAAUAUCGCCAACUACACUCAAUUAUCGACCAGAAUGAUGAAGUCGUUUCGAAGAUUAAAUUGGGUCUCGUGGACUGCGUUAAACACAAAAGUGUCUGCGAAAAAGCUGGAGUGCAGAGUUAUCCUACAAGUGCUCUGCACACGCCCGAUAAUCGUGUUCACAAAUUUGUUGGUUACCAGUCCGUGCAAUCAGUACUGGAACAUAUUAAUAAUGCCCUCAAUCCAGCCGUGGACGAACUGACGCCAGAAGAUUUCAAACGUUUGGUUGAAAAUCGUGAAGACGACGUCACCUGGGUGCUUGCCCCCGAACUUCACCGAGCCGCACGACGGCUUCGAAAAUACGACGAAAGAGUUCACAUAGGAUCUGUCGAUUGCCAAGCGUACAGCACGUUCUGUACCCAACAGUCCGUGUCGUCUUAUCCAUCCAUUCGUCUCUAUCCAGCACUAGGCAAGCGAAAGCGGCUGCAACAGUUCUAUGAUUACCCGCAGAACAUGUGGAGGAAUUCGGAUACCAUCGAGCGAUGGGUAUUCGUCAUGUUGCCUUCGUUAGUCACUUCACUUGGAAACGAUUACUGGCAUAAGGUGUUGGAUUCGGACGAACCAUGGCUGGUCGACUUCUUCGCCCCGUGGUGCGGACAUUGUGUGCAGUUUGCGCCAGUAUUCGAGCAGAUUGCAAAGGCGCUCGAAGGAAAGGUGAAACUUGGAAAAGUGGACUGCGAUCAAUGGCCAGGAGUAUGUCGUGGAGCACAGGUCCAAGCCUAUCCAACAAUUCGGUUCUACAAAGGUCAACACGAUGGGCGGCAACAAAAUGUACGGGGUUUGCAGUUGCAGGUGCACAGCAAAGACGAGAUCAUUCGAUUAGUCCAAGAGCAGUUGGAAAUACUAUCUGGUCACGACGAGCUGUAG